AUAAUGUUUGUAUUAUUGGUAUAUGGUUUCAUCAUUAAUUCCAAAGGCUAUCAGCAUAUAAGAGAGACCAAUAACAGGUUUAAGUUCUCCAAACAAAAGGAUAAGUUAAGCCAUAUUGUGAACGAAGAUGGGGAACAAAUGCCGGAACAAAUGAUAACGCCCUUAAAGGAAUCAACCAUGCCGUUAUUAGCAUCGGGUGGUGCACGGAAAAGUCGCAAGCAGUCACUGUUAUUUAGUCAUUUCCCAAAAGCAGGUGGGUCGGAAAUAAGGCAUAUAUUAACUACAGUAGUUGGAGAGAGUAUAAAUGUUGACCAAAACAGGGGAAUGUACAAAAAUAACAGUCUUUUUUCAACUUGCUUCAAAUUGACUAAAUUUUUUUUUCAAAAUCAUCUACAUGUUCUCAGAAAUUCAAAUCUGACUUUAGAUUUGACAUUUGACCUUCAAUGACCUUCUCAAGGUCAAAAAAGGUCAAAAAGGUCUGUUUUCAACUUGCUUCAAAUUGACUAAAAAAAAAUUUCAAAAUCAUCUACGUGUUCUCAGAAAUUCAAAUCUGACUUUAGAUUUGACUUAAGAUUUGACAUUUGACCUUCAAUGACCUUCUCAAAGUCAAAAAAGGUCAAAAAGGUCUUUUUUCAACUUGCUUCAAAUUGACUAAUUUUUUUUUCAAAAUCAUCUACAUGUUCUCAGAAAUUCAAAUCUGACUUUAGAUUUGACAUUUGACCUUCAAUGACCUUCUCAAUGUCAAAAAAGGUCAAAAAGGUCUUUUUUCAUCUUGCUUCAAAUUGACUAAUUUUUUUUUUCAAAAUCAUCUACAUGUUCUCAGAAAUUCAAAUAUGACUUUAGAUUUGACAUUUGACCUUUAAUGACC